GAGCAGGUCCAAACUGGCUAAUUCCUGCCCUCCCUCCUCCAACUAAGCCAAAGAAAACCCAGAGAAAGGAAAGUAGGAACAGACAGCUUUUUUCUCUUGAACGAUAGAAACAAACAAGUCCCACCUUUUUCUCUGUUUCCCGGAAACAACGACGACAGACAUGUCCAACUUGUCAGGUGAAGAAGGCAGCUUCUCCUCUGGAAACACCGGAGAUCACUUCCAAGCUUCCAAUACCAAUAAUGCUACUUCUGGGCAGCCGCCGGCUAAGAAGAAGCGCAAUCUGCCAGGCACUCCAGAUCCUAGCGCGGAGGUGGUGGCGUUGUCGCCGACGACGCUUAUGGCAACGAACCGAUUUGUGUGCGAGAUAUGUAACAAAGGGUUCCAAAGAGACCAGAACCUGCAGCUGCACAGGAGAGGCCAUAACCUGCCGUGGAAGCUGAAGCAGAGGAGCACAACCGAGGUGAGGAAGCGGGUCUACAUCUGCCCCGAGUCCAGCUGCGUCCACCACAACCCGGCCAGAGCGCUCGGGGAUCUGACCGGGAUCAAGAAGCACUUUAGCCGCAAGCAUGGGGAGAAGAAAUGGAAAUGUGACAAGUGCUCUAAGAAGUACGCUGUCCAGUCCGACUGGAAGGCCCAUCACAAGACUUGUGGCACCAGGGAGUACAAGUGUGACUGCGGCACCAUCUUCUCCAGGAGAGAUAGUUUCAUCACUCACAGAGCAUUCUGUGAUGCACUAGCUGAAGAGAACAACAAAGUAAACCAAGGGAUGAUGACCCAUACCCAGCAGAUGCCCGAUCUGAUGCCCACAUCCAACUUCGCUGCUGACUACACCAAUCAUUUCGACCCCAAAAAGUCCCUCCCGCAACCGCAAGACCUCACCCCCAUGCCCUUCAAGCCCAUGAACGUCGGUGGGAUGUUCUCCACCACCGCGGGGACUCUGUUCGGUGGGCCCCGCAAUAUGUCCUCCUCCACCUCAUCCGCUACCCUCCACCUCAGCUCCAACGCUGCCGGCGCCUCCUCCUCCUCCUCCUCGGGUUUCGGUUAUCUCCAGGACGGCAGCGGGAAAGGCGGGCCACAGAUCCCGGGCUCGGCCCACAUGUCAGCAACAGCCCUUCUCCAGAAAGCGGCCCAAAUGGGGGCCACCACCAGCAACUCCCCAAUGAUGCACAAGGGCUUUGCCGGCAGCAUGACUACUGGUGGGGCCCAACACCAGAUGGCAUCUAUUCGUCCACAACAGUCGCAACCAAUGCCAUCCUACAGUGGCAUUCAACAACUCUGUCACCCCAAUUCAUACGAUCAUCAGUUCUCCUCGCAACCCGAUCACCAGACCAACAUGGCUGGACUCAGCGGCGGCGGCGGAUCGCCCACCGCGUUCAUGCAGAAAACAUCGCAGGAGAUGUCGCAGUUGUUCGAUGCGGCAACUGGCGGCUCUUCCAUCAAUGACAUGGGGAUGUUUGCCAGCAUCUUUAUGGCGGGAGAUCACCACAGCCCUGCGCCAGCCGUGGGUUUCUCAAAGAGCUUGGGGCUUGACCAAGAUAAUGUCAGCGGCGGUGGAGAUGGCUCUACUGCUGCUGGUGGUGUGACAAAUAAUCGAAUGAUGAUGAGCGGUGGUUCUAGAUUCGGGAGCGAAUUAGCAAGUGACGUAAUGACCCGUGAUUUUAUGGGGGUUGGAGGGUCUACACCUGCCAACUUGCAAGAGCAACAACAACAAAGAUUAGAGAUAGAGGCGUUGAGUCAACAACAGCAGCAGCAGCAACAACAACAACAGCAAAGGAUGGCGCCAACACUGAAUAACUACCAACAACAGCUCUCGUUAGGAGAAGCUGGAUUGGAUAAGCCCAUUUGGGAUGUCUAAUCCUAAAUCUUGAUCAACGAUACUAGUAAAAGCUAGCCUGCUCCCUUUAACAGAAAAAAGGUGUGCUCUCGUAUUUGGUAAUUGUAUGUGGAGUAGAGGGUUAGCCUGUGAGAUUCAAUGGACCAAUAUGUACAAGCCUAAACGAGACUGCUCCCAAGGUUGAUGCAAUUGUCGAGUACAUGUGCUGCAACAAAUAAAUUCUCACUACAAAUAUGUACAAGCCUAAACGAGACUGCUCCCAAGGUUGAUGCAAUUGUCGAGUACAUGUGCUGCAACAAAUAAAUUCUCACUACAGGA